UAUUUAAUAUUAUUUAAUAAAUUUAAUUAUUUAAUAUUAAUAAAUUAUUUACAUUAGUUAUAAUAUAAUAUUUAAAAUUAUAAUCGUGUACUUUUAGUUUAUAUUUCGUAGGACAUAUGAUUAAAUUAUAUUAUAUAAGAAUGAGAUCUCGCUAUAUGUUAUUUUGCUUUUUAGCGAUAUUUUCACUUAGCAUUUUAUUUAUAAUAUUUCAAGAUAGCCUUAGUAGGCCAGCUAUUGAAACUCUAGUCACUGAGACUCAUAAACAAAUAAAAAAUUUAAAAACAUUCAAAGAAAAUAUAAAGAUAGCUGAACAAAAAGAAUUAGUUGUUAACAAUGAAUAUUUGUAUUCACUUGGGUUUGUGUCAAAUGCACCUCUGUAUCAGAUUAAGCCAAUGAAUAAUUCUACUUUGCCUUUCAUUGUUACUUAUGUGAUGGAUAAUGAACAUGGUCAAGUUGUUGGACUAGCACGUUGUGUUAACAAGUACUUGCCUAACCAUUUAAUAUUUAUCUACAAUUUAGGAGUACCAGAAUAUCAGCUUGGACUUAUGAAACAGUUUUGUAACAAUAGUACUAAAUGUGUAAUUGUUGAGUUUAGCUUAUCAAAAUUUCCAUCUCAUGUCAGAAGUUCACAUAUUAAAGCUUAUAGGCCUCUUGUCUUGCAAGAUGCAUUAAAUCGAGUUGGGGCAGUAUUAUUUCUAGAUCCAGAUGUCCGAAUAAUAUCGUCAGAUAUUGAAAAACUUUUUACUAAAUAUCAAAAUAAAUCUGUAAUUGGGUGGGAGACAAGAAUUGCAACUACAACCAUAACUCAUCCUAAAAUGUUUGAUUACUUUCAUACUCCUGCUGAAAAUUUUUUCUUUUUGCCUAUUAUUCAAGUAGAUAAAUUAAUUGUCUAUAAUACCGAAGAUACACACCAAGCUGUAAUGUUACCCUGGAUUCAAUGUGCUCUUAUUAGCGAAUGUAUUUCACCAAUUGGAGUACAAACUAAAGGCUGUAGAUAUGAUAAAAAACCACAGUACAGAUAUUCAGGUUGUCAUGGAUUUGAUGUGUCAGCAUUUAAUAUUGUGCUGGGUAUACAUUAUCAAUUUGACAGCACAUCAUAUGUUAUCCAUGAAAAGCCUGAACUGUUUUUUACAAAAGUUACAGCUAGAGAUGCUCAACAAAAUCUUCAAAGUUUAAUAUUAAAUAUUACUGAUUCACCUGCAGUCACAUGAUUCAAAAAAUUGUAUUGUCGUCAUGUUAUACAUUAUUAUUUGCAAAAGAUAAAUAUGUCAAUUUUUGUUUUAUGUUGAGAGAAAAUGUUAUUUUAUCUAAUAACAUGUAUUAGGAAGUAUUUCAAUUUACAGAAUAUUUUCUAGAUUUAUUCAUUUUAAAUGUAGUAGUUAUGUUUUAUGUAUUUUUUAAGUAAUAUUAAAAAAAAAAAAGUUACUAAAACUAGAUAUAUGUAACUUUUAAGGCUGUGAUACAAAUAUUUAAGUUAUUCAAUUUAAUGUUAUAUAAAUGUAACAAUUCUGGUUAUUUAUUGAACAUAAUUUAUUAACAGUUACCACUUCAGAUUAAUGAGCAUAGUAUAAAUCUCUCUUAUGGCACCUCAGAAAUGGAAGUUGUGUCAUAGAAGGAUAAAAAUAUGUUAUCCCUAGUUGAAAGUGUGUGAAACAAAAUAUUUUUCAUAAAAUGACAAUGUGAUAAUCAAAUAAUUUUUUUGUAAACAUGUUAGAUUUAUUUAGGUUCCUUAAUUUACUAGUUUUUGAGCAACUAUUUUAAAAAUCUUUUUGGUGUUUUUAGUUGUCAACACAAGUGUUUAAUUAUAUAACAACUAUUGUCAAAUAAAAUUAUAUAUUGAUUCUAUAUUUAUUUAAACCUUUUACUGUCUUCUUUAAUAUAACAAAAAUUAAUUUAAAAAAAAGAAAUUAGUUAAAUUUACUGAUUUUAAAUUGAGCUAUACGAAGUGAUUUAUUUAUUAAUGACUAUUUAAUUUCUCCUAAAAUAAUAAUUUUGAAAAAAGAAAAACCCAGCACAGGGGGGUCGCGGCACAGUGGUGACGUGGCAUAGUUGGAUCAAGUAUAAUGAUAUCUGACAGUGAUUAAAAUCACUAUAAAAAAAAAA